UCUCGGCAGCAUAUUACCUGAUGAUGUCGUGACAGCGGUGUAUGGAAAUAUUGUCUUCAUGAAAUACAUCGUUUGAUGGCGGCAUCAGACAAGAAGGUGAUAUCACUGAAAAACGUCAAUGACCUGUCUACAGCAGCCAUCACUGUCACAGGAAGCGGGGAAUUCUCCGUGAUCGUCGGGCUGAAUGCUGAAGACACAGUGUGCAUGGUUCAUUCGGACAGAGAUGAGGGCAGGAAGAUUUGUGUCCCGUUGUUCCUGGUUACAGUCUGGCCCACAAGUGGGAUGACCAUCGCACCAACCAACAAAGAUCUCAAGUGUUUUGUCAACAGCAAUAUCAUCACAUCGGAGACCAACUUACUGCCAGGCUCUGUCAUAGAGAUUGGCGACAAGGUGAUGGAGUUCUGUGAUGGACCGGUUCCGCGAAUUCGCCGCCGCCAUCUGCCUCCAACCCCCGGGGUCCGCGUGUUGCCGGCCGCACCCCCCAAACCCAACAGAAACACCAAGGCAGCACCCUCCCCCGUAGAGCCAGACAAGUAUGUGAAUGAUGCGUAUCAAGACUGGUGUGUCAUACACCCCCCUAGUCUGGAGGAGGAGCUUGUGUCACAGCUGAAGACACCAGAUGAGAUUGCUAAUCUUGCCGCGAGUUACCUGAACCGUCAGAUCCACCUACACACGGACACACGCAUGACUUCAUCUCUGAUGGACCAGGUGUUCAAGGUCUUACAGGAUGUUGCAUACCACAGAAAGGAUAUUCUCAUGGACUUCCUCAAGAGAGUAGCACGAGAGACGCAGGAAAUGCCUGAGGGUGAUAACCACAGACCCCUUCAUGAUGCCAUCAUCUGUCUACUUGUAGAGUUACUCAAACAGUUCCUGGACCCCGUGUCGCAGGUGAUCUUGGUCCUCCAGUUGCUUCGCUCGCUGAGCCACAUCCAGUACAACCUGGCCACUCUCGUCCAGUGCCAUGCCACCGCCGCUAUCCUGGGAACCAUGUCCGCCUAUCUCGGUCAGUCGGACGUCCAGCUCAACUCACUGGACAUUCUGGCGAAAAUUGCUACAUACACACCUCUACCACAUGAGAAGAUUCCGCUGCGUGAGACCGGAGUCGAGUUAGUACUUCGGGCCAUGCAGCAUCACUCAACCGAACUUCUCAUCGUCCAGGCAGGAUGUCGCGCAUUGUCCAACCUCGCCACCAUGCUCUACGAGACGGCCAAUCAAAUCAUAGACACUGGAGACGUGACCAACCCCGACCUUGGCGUGAGUUUGAACAGCCUGACGUUUCUGUUGGAGCACAUGUACCAGGCGUGCAUGAUUGUUGUCCAGACGGCCGUGCGUGACUUCAGUGACGACCUCACCAUCAAGACAGAUGGCCGCAAGUUCCUCUACAUAAUCGCCAAACUGUCACAGCUGCAACAGAAGAAGGCCAAGUGGUUUGAGUCUGUACAAGAACUAGAUAAUUCUUCUGCGGUGUCGAACAGCGAGAUUCCAGCUGAGGGAAUCCUCAAGAAGUCUCGGUCGUUCGAGAACCUGCGACAGCCCGAGAGACGGGUGUUCUUUGAUGAUGACCGAGCGCCCGGGGUGUACGAUUCUGACUCAUCGUCACUCACUGACAGUGAUGAACACAGGGUGGAGGCGGGGUCAACACAACAUUCAUUGACUGAUAGUAGCGAACAUUCUACUAAAACCUCAGUAACUAGCAAUGAGGAAAACAAAAUGGAAGAUGAUUGUUCUAAUCCUUUGGUAACUAAUAGUGAGAAAAAGAAGAUGGAGGAUGAUUUUACCAAACGUUUUUUAACUGAAAAUGAAAAAAAUGUGAAUAACGGUGAUUCUGCUGAACGUUUGAAAAGCAGCAGUGAAGAAAGCAAGGUGGAUGACAGUCCUACUAAACCGAGUUCUGUUAAGGAGACAAAAUCACAAAUUGCUUUUGACAAUCCCAUUUAUUUUGAAGUAAAUGUUGAAAGCAAACACAAUCACAUGAUAGAUUUAUCUAAAGUUGAUGGUAAAAUAGGUGAAAUAAACCCAAUACUUGAAAUGAAAAGUAACGAUAUUGGUGACGACAAGCAAUGUUUAGACAAGAACGUUCAGCUGUAUGAUGAAAGAGACAUUGGUGAUGAUAAGCAAUGUUCAGAUAGUAAUGUUCGACUGUAUGAUGAAAUAGACAUCGUUCACGCUCUUGUCAGUAGUCAACAGCCCAAUACAGAAUUGACGGAACACAACAGCAUGACGCAAUCAAACAGUGCUACAUGCGAUCCACUGGACGUAGAUGAAACUGACAGUAGACAGAACUCUGGUGAAGUUGUGAAUCCCGUCUGUGGUGGUUCGUCCAGACCGGUCAGUGUUGAGACAGUUGGCGGUCAACUGGUGUUCGUGGAUUCGCUGAACCAUGCCGAAGACCUCUCGGACUGCUCGUCGGUCGAAGUGAACUUCCUCAUCAGGCUGAUGAAGGCUCAGAUCGUGUGUCGCGUGUGUUCACUGGCUCUGCGAGACGAAGACAACCGUGCGUACCGGAUCCUCGACCGGCCAUUGACAGACGUACUGGAGGAGGAGCACCUGUCCACCGCCCUGCGGCAGUUCGUCAUCAAACAGUACAAACCUGAACUCUCCUUGAUGGACCUCGACCCUAGCACGGCCAUCAGUCUUAUUGACGCAGUCCGAUAUAGGUCACAGGUUGCCCCCGAUGUUGUACAGAAGAUACUGGUCGGUGUUGCUAAGAAUCUCAAUGAAUCGCUCCGACCGUUCUGUUUACGUCUGACAUUCGCCUUCCUCACUAACAUCCUUGAUGACGUUGCUCUCAAAACAAUUGUGUCGGAUCCAAACUUUUGUUGCGAGUGUAAACGUCAUCUUGAGAACGUUGCUACAAACCUAGUCGACCGAUCAGACAUUGAUUCUGUGAUUGGAAAACUGAAGACCAUGAUGGGAUUUAUCAGCUGAAUCCAGUGAUAGAGUCGUUCUCACCUGGCCUUGGAAUGCCAGACAACUUGUCUCUCUGACUUAGCAAGACAACGUGGUCUCGUCUACUAAAAGUAUUCUAGUUCAGUUAUAUGGUAGAAAGGUGCUAGAAAACCAUGCUAGGGAAACCAUCUGGCACAUGUCCCUACAUAGUAAUGCACCUUUUUCAUUGGCGGUGUCAUUCAGGAGGUAGCUGGUCAUUGCUACCUGUUGUUUACGUCAUUCUGUCAGCAAGGUAAUACAUGACAUUAUGUAAUAUGUAACACUGCAUGUAUUUCUUUUCGUACAGUAAUAUUUAUCAGCGCAGGAAAGGAGUGACAUCACUGUUCAAAAAUAAAAUGGAGUGAUUUUAACAAUAAUUACACUAAAAUUAUAAUACUGAUUGAACUAGAAAAUAUUUCCGGCACUCGUCUUUUUGUAGAUGUUUUUCUGACACUCGUCUCAAGAAAAUCAAUCCCCAGAGCUCACUAAAGCUCGCUCCAAGGAUUGAUUUUCUUGAGACUCGUGUCAGAAAGUAUUAGUGUACCCUUCAUUGAAACUAGUAAUUCUGUGUGUGAAGUUGGCCGUGACAGUAUAGAAGUACUACCAACAUUAAGCAUGUUUUUCCUUCGUGUUACAUCUGCCAAUGAAUCUUAUGAAUACUUCCAAAAGUAAUCAUUUUUGUGUUCAGUUUGUGUAAAUAUUUCUGGACACUGAAGAUGGCAUUAAAUGAAUUGGAUUAUAAUAAGAUAAAAUUUAAUUAAAUGAUAAUUAAACACAGAGACAGUUUCUUUAAUAAUACUAAAAAGAUUUUUUUUUUUUUUUUUUAUCCCAUUGCUUGAAUUCCAUCUCAUUUCUUCCA